GCGGCUGGGAGGAGGCGCGGUGAGGCCGGGAGCGGCGGGGCCGGCAGCGGCGGCGCAGUCGCGGGCGGGCUGUGAGGCUGGCGCCAUCUCGCCAUGGCUCGCGAGUUCGAGCUGUGCCCCGGGCGGCGCGUCGGCGGCGACCAGCCCUGCUUCAUCAUCGCCGAGAUCGGGCAGAACCACCAGGGCGACCUGGACAUCGCCAAGCGCAUGAUCCGCAUGGCCAAGGACUGUGGAGCAGACUGUGCUAAGUUCCAGAAGAGUGAACUGGAGUACAAAUUCAACAAGAAAGCCUUAGAAAGGCCCUACACCUCUAAACACUCCUGGGGAAAGACCUAUGGGGAACACAAGCGCCACUUGGAGUUCAGUCAUGACCAAUAUAGAGAGCUAAAGAAGUAUGCAGAGGAGAUUGGCAUUUUCUUCACAGCUUCUGGCAUGGAUGAGAUGGCUGUGGAAUUUCUACAUGAGCUGGAUGUUCCAUUUUUCAAAGUAGGAUCAGGAGAUACAAAUAAUUUUCCAUAUUUGGAAAAGACUGCAAAGAAGGGUCGCCCAAUGGUGAUUUCCAGCGGGAUGCAGUCAAUGAACACAAUGCAUCAGGUUUAUCAGAUUGUGAAGCCCCUCAAUCCAAACUUCUGCUUCCUGCAGUGCACCAGCGCGUACCCACUUCAGCCAGAGGAUGUCAACCUCCGUGUUAUAUCGGCAUAUCAGUCAGCUUUUCCUGAUAUCCCCAUUGGCUAUUCGGGGCAUGAAACUGGCAUAGCCAUUUCAGUGGCAGCUGUUGCUAUGGGUGCUAAAGUACUGGAGCGCCAUGUGACUCUGGACAAAACAUGGAAAGGAAGUGACCACCAAGCAUCUCUGGAGCCAAAUGAGCUGGCAGAGUUAGUGAAAGCCAUCCGUACUGUGGAAAAAGCAAUGGGUUCUCCAAUCAAACAACUCUUGCCCUGUGAAAUGGCUUGCAAUGAAAAGCUGGGAAAGUCAGUCGUGGCAAAAGUGGCAAUUCCUGAAGGUUCAAUAUUGACACUUGACAUGCUGACGGUGAAGGUGGGAGAACCAAAGGGAUUUCCCCCAGAAUCCAUCUUUGAUCUGGUGGGACAGAAGGUUAAAAAAAAUAUUGAAGAAGAUGAAACCAUCACUGAGCAAGUAGUGGAAAAUCAUGUGAAAAAAGUGAAGUGCUAAACCAAAGCAGUCCAUUUCAUAUUUCUCAAUGCACUACUACACAGUGUGUUUGAGAAUAGCAGCAUGGUAGAUUAGAAGAAAGGGGUAUAAUUAUGAGGGUGCAAACAAGUUAGAAUUUUCAGGUUCUUAUUAGCAGGAAGUUUCAGAAGCAAGGGGAUAUAAAUUAUGAAGAUUUUAUUAGAAACUGUAUAGCAUCAUGCCUAGGAAAUGCCAUGAUCCUCUCUUCUCCAUUCCACUUAGCCUAGAUUAAUUUGGAGUAUUGCCAAAUAUAAGGUCACAGUCUGCUGCUUUCCAGCUGUCCUCUUCUGUUAAGAAUACAGUAAAUUGUGAGAAUUUUGUCUACACUUUCAAUUGUUCUAGCCAUGUAUCUUUUGAUAUUCCUCUCUUUUCUGCCAUUUGCCUCACCCCUGUGAUAGCAGGACUCUGGUUGAACACAGAUAAGUGGAAGUUUACAUACACUGAACAGAAAACUACAAAUGCAACCUGGAUGGAUUUUUUUUUUAAGAUGAAAGUCUUAAAAGUGUCAUGAUAAAGCAGUGGGUUGUGGGAAUCUGUAUUCUGUGGGGAAAUGGGCUUCUUGAGAAAGCUAGGUUCUCAAGAGAUAGUACCAGGAACGGAAGCAUAUGGAAUAUUUAGAAAGGUUCCAUUUAAGGGGCAAGAGAGCCUUUUAUAAACUGAAAGGCACAAAAGGCAAGCCAGAGAGAUGGAGCAGGGAAGAAAAGUAGAUGUGAGAUGAAUCAGUAGAAAUAAGCUUAACCUGUGCUUGUGAAAAGUAUCUAUUGCUAGUUGACUGAAGUCUGGAAUGUUAAGUCUAUUCUGCAGAGCAUUUGGAUGCCUCUGUUUGAACCUGAGUGGCAAGUUCUCAGGUAGGAAGCCAAAUGCUGGUGAAGCUUGAGCUGCUUUUUUUUUUCUGUACUAACCAGCAAAUCCUCUACAUUGGGGUUUUUCUCUCAACACUGGCAUGUGAGAUGGCUGAGGCUGACUGCCUGACUACACCACACCAUUAUGCUUCAGCAUGAUGGUUGGUACACCUUUUGUGUGCUCUGCUCUUGCUUCCCAGCUUCUCACUUUUCAAGUGAGAGAUGCAAUCCCACUCCUAUUGGCUGCUGCUUUUCCCUUUGACCAGAAGGUAGCCAUAUAACAGCAGCUGCAAACCAGCCAUUCUUCAGUUACAUUGCUUAGCACAGCACUGCUUUGCAAUAAUUCAUCUGCUUUUUUUUAUGUGAUGGAAUCAUUUACUAGUGAUGGUUACUUGGAACUUGCUACUUUUAGGUCAUGAGUUGGUGAAGUGUCUUGAAUGUGGUGGUGAGUGGUUUUGUUUAAACCUGUUUAAACAUAAAUUGUUUACUUCAAAAAUGUUUACCCUUGUGCAAUUUUGAGGAAACUGUAUUCAUAUCUUUAAAUGGGGAAACAGGGGUAGGAAACUGUAUUCAGAUAUUUAAAUAGGGAAACAGAGAUUGAGUCAUAUAUAUACUUAACCAUAUGUGAGCUGUGACUGAUGCAGUAUAUUUGCCUUACAUUAAAAAACUACUCAAUUGUUAAAAGA